AUGGAAAUCCGCGAGCGCACACCCAUCCCCGCCCAUCAGACCUCCCCACACCCGAAGCAUCACUGCUCAUCUGGCAUCCCUGCCCUCGACCCAGGUGGAGCCUGGAGCGUGGCGACGGACUACGGCCCGCGCCCGUGGGGCCAGCGGGAGUUCAGCCUCGCGAAGCUGCUGUUGAUGGAGGAGAUGCGUCACCAUGGAAACACUCCGCCCCCGGACGACAGCGGGAAAGUGUCCGCCGACCUCGAUGUAGUUCCUCGCCCCGAGCCCAAGAGGGAUCGGCUCAUUAUCAAGAAGACUCCCCUGUCGAGUAUCACCGACGAUCCUCAUAGCAGCCAACGAGCUCAAUAUGCUCCAGCUGCUUCGACUGAUGAUCGUCUAGCUAACUGCUGGUCAGAACUGGUUGUUGGUGCUGCUGACUCCGCCUCGCAGCAGUCGUUCAACACCUCCGACAAGGACCCCCUGGGCGACAUCUACUUCAUCGGUGAGUCCUCAGCUAGACCGGGGAAGCCGGAGGGGGACGGGGGCUCGGGUACCGAACCCCAGAAGCGCUCUCGAUUGGCUCCUAGCUGGGGGUACCAUAAGAACGUAAAGGCGGCGGCGGAGGUGGAAUAUCCAGCGUACGGAGUCACCGGACCCAGCCGAGACAUCUCGCCUUCCAGCGGGGACAAGCGACUCGCCCAGUCGGCACAGAUGUAUCAUUUCCAACACCAGAAGCAGCAGAUGAUCGCCAUGAAGAAUCACGGGACCGGUGGACUGAGACACGCCUCGGCGUCCGAUGCGGAGGAUUCCGACGAGGACAACGGAGAUUACACCGUUUAUGAAUGCCCUGGGCUUGCUCCCACGGGUGAGAUGGAGGUGAAGAAUCCCCUCUUCCAGGAAGAGACCCCAGGCCCCGACACCCAGUAAAUCCCAAUGGGCCCGGAUGCAUCAUGGAGGAGGAAAGGAAACGAAGAAGAUGACACUUGCCAUCCACGGUCGACACAUCCAUCUCGUAAUUCUGUGUUCCCUUGAUUUCCCCCCUCUGAGAGAAAGUCUUCGUGUUCCAGACUGUUGUCUGAAUGUCAGAGCUUUAUUUUGAGACGGCCGCUGUGACAGAAACUUGUGAUGGAAUUAUCAUUAUAUAUUAUACCUUUGAGAGAAGAAAACUCCGCGCUCUCUGACCUUUUCGAACUGAUUAGUCCAUUAUUUUCCUUCGAUUGUUCGUCAUCCCAUUCUGCGAUGUAGGCAAUUUGUGUACCUCGGGGGAAUUCAUAUGAAGACAGCCUCCUAAUGGUAUGCUCUUGGAAUCAGGGCGGAACGGAAUAUAUAGCGAUCAAAGGAAAAGAAGGGAAUAUAUCAUGUCGGAAAGGCGCAGACGACAUUGGAUACUUUUUUUAUAAAUAGAUAUUAUACGCAUGGUUGGAGACCUCUGAAUGUUUAUCGUCGCGUUGAUCUCCGUUGUUUCUCCGAAUGCGCUACACCAAAGAAAUAUUGGCGGCGAUGUAUGAGGUUGGUGAAAUAUUGUGAUGGCUGUUAUUGUGAACAAAAAAAUAAUUUGUGCUGUCCAUUUCCCCUAUCAUCAUCUUAUACAUUUGGACCGAUUCUCAACUGACCUAGUAGCCUCGCUGGAUUUUCCAUCCUACCGAAAGGGAGAGAAUGUAGGAGGUAUCAAAUAAAGUAUAUCUUCCACUAAGAAGA